AUCUCGUUCCGAUUUCACAGAAUAUACACACAAAGAUAUGGGUAUAAUAAUCAUCGACGGACAGACGGUCCGGUCCUUUGUGAACGACGAAGUUCAAUUCAAUGCCAAUGCAGACGAGCAGUUUAAAUCUCUAGACACCAACAAGGAUGGCGUUUUAUCAGGAUCCGAGAUGCGAAAAGCAUUUGAAACCACACGGUUCUUAGAGACGGAUUUUGGUUUCGACAAGCCUACAACACCAGAAGAGCUAACUAAGUUGUAUGACUCUAUAUUUAGUAGUUUUGAUGAAGACAAAAAUGGGACAAUUGAUAUUAAUGAAUUUAGAUCAGAAGUGAAGAAGAUCAUGCUAGCUGUUGCUGAUGGACUUGGUUCGUCCCCGAUUCAGGUGGCUGUGGAUGACGAUGACCGAAGUUUUCUUAAGAAGGCGGCUGAUUAUGAAGCGGCUAAACUUGCCAAGACUUUUUAAUAUUCGAUGAUCUUAAUUGAUCAUAGUAAUAUGU